UAAACCCUAAUUUGAUUCACACAUUUUAGGAGCCCCACUAAAACCUUUUGGCCAAAACCCUAAACCCUAACAUCACAGCCCCUCUCUCUCAUUCAUCUCCAAAACCUUCAAUUCUGUACAAAAUCCACAUUCUUUUGCUACGCAAAGCGAGAGAGAGAGAGAGAGAGAGCAAUCAUGCCUAAGGUUCCGAUUUGGGACUUACCAGACGUGCCCAAAGGCGAGCUCCCUCCACAUCUCGAACUCCAGAGAACCCGCGUUCUCUGCAAUUCCGAUGCUCCUACUCAUACAGAGAACAUACAAUACUCUGGUGCUUAUGCAUCUAUGGGAGUUGAUAACAGCUUAAGAUUGGACCAUUUUCGCAAAAAAUUUAAAGUGGAAGUGAUUCGACUUACCGAGGAUGAUAUGGAAUUUGACUUGAUUGGUAUCGAUGCUUCGCUUGCUAAUGCUUUUCGGAGGAUCCUCAUAUCCGAGAUUCCCACAAUGGCUGUUGAGAAGGUUCUUAUUGCAAACAAUACAUCAGUAGUCCAAGACGAGGUGCUUUCACAUAGAUUGGGUCUCAUCCCAAUCAAGGUUGACCCAAGACUGUUUGAUUAUAUGUCAGAAAAUGAUGUACCCAAUGAAAAGAACACCAUUGUUUUCAAACUCCACAUCCGUUGUGAACGAGGUGGUCCACGUCUUACAGUAAAAUCAGAUGAGCUGAAAUGGUUACCAAAUGGGAGUGAGUUUCUGCUGGCCACAGAAAAUUCAACUUCGAAUUCAACCUCAAAGCCAAAGACAUAUACUUCAUUUCGUUGUAGUCAAGAUUCCUUGCAAGAAUUUUCCAACAAUCCCAUUGCCCCCAAGCAUCCAGAUAUUAUUAUAUCUAAACUUGGACCAGGCCAGGAAAUUGAACUGGAAGCACAUGCUGUUAAAGGCAUGGGUAAAACACAUGCAAAGUGGUCCCCUGUGGCCACUGCUUGGUAUAGGAUGCUCCCCGAGGUUGUUUUGUUGCAAGAAGUUAAAGAUGAGAAAGCAGUAGAGCUUGAAAAAAAAUGUCGUGUUAAAGUAUUUGACAUUGAAGAUGUUGGUAAUGGUAAGACGAGGGCAACUGUGGCUCGACCACGAGCUUGUACAUUGUGUAGAGAAUGCAUUCAAGAGGAAGGGUGGGACAAGUAUGUGGCACUACGUCGUGUGAAAGAUCAUUUCAUCUUUACCAUAGAGUCAACUGGAGCAUUACCACCUGAAGUGCUGUUCACUGAAGCUGUGAAGAUUUUGGAAGACAAGUGCGAGCGUCUGAUAACUGAGCUCUCUUGAUGUUUUUUUGUCUUUAUUAUGUUGAAUGUAGUACCUUGCUGCAAAAAUGAUGAGCCUUCUGAAAAAAAGGUUUGCUAAUAUAUGCAUUUCCUCCCUGGAUUAUUUAUUCAUUUUUCUUCAUUAAUCUGAAACAUAGCUAAAUUUAGCUUUGUUGUGAAUUAUUGAAUCUUUGAUUCAGUCACAGAAGUGUUAUUUCGGGAUUAAUUGUGGACCAGUUUUGCUCUAUCAAAUGUGGAUUAUUUUAACCUGGAUUA